ACUCCAUUUCCCACAAUCCCACGCUUCCGCAUGAAGAAGUACAACGGUCCUGCGUCUCUUGCUCGUUAGCUCGCUGCGGCAACUGCGAGUCGCGGAGAUCGCCGACCAAAUGUACUCAGGCCCGGAAAUGAAAGGCGUGUCUGUCUGCCAUAAGUAGCAGCGAUGGAUGGAGAAGCCCAGAGGGCGACUGCGUCGUGGGAGAAUGGUACCCUGGCUCCCUUGGACCGCCUCCGCUCUGAGCGGGCGGACAGCCCCGUCCCGGGUCUGGUGGAAGGAACCGAACCAGGUGCCGGUCAGAAGAGCGCUAUGUUCGUCCAUGCGCAGUCGUUUGAGGAUCUGACUGCGGAGGCUCGGGGGGAUGCUGAAUUUGACAAGUCGGAAGGGGAGAGCGCAGAGGAGCUGAAAGGGCUGGUGGAGGUGGACACCAUAGAAGAGCAACGUGACAACAACACCUCGUCGGAGAGCAAGUCGAAGGAGGAGGAUGUGUCCAGUGAGGCGUGGAGGAACCACAGAAAACACGUGUUUGUGCUGAGCGACGCGGGAAAGCCGAUCUACACCCGCUACGGCACAGAGGAGGCUCUGUCCAGCACCAUGGGGGUGAUGAUGGCGCUUGUGUCCUUUGUGGAAGCGGAGAAGAACAUCAUCCGCUCUAUCCAAGCAGAUGGCUGCAAAGUGGUUUUCCUCACCAAGAGCCCCCUGGUCCUGGUGGGCGUGUCUCGGACGUGCCAGUCAGACAAGGAGCUGCUGAGGGAGCUGCAGUACAUCUACUAUCAGAUCGUCAGCCUGCUCACCCUCACUCAGCUCAACCACAUCUUUAAGCACAAGCAGAACUACGACCUGCGCCGCUUGCUGGCCGGUUCGGAGUAUCUCACCGACAACCUGCUGCAUCGGCUGGACCGGGACCCCGGCCUGCUGCUCAGCGCCGUCACCUGCCUGCCCCUGGCCAGCUCCGCCAGGGACGUGGUGUCGUCGAGCCUGCAGGCCGCCAAAUCCAAGAGCCUGGUGUUCUCCAUCCUGCUGGCGGGCGACCGGCUGGUCACCCUGGUGAGGAAAAAGGACCAGUUCCUGCACCACAUAGACUUGCACCUGGUCUUCAACCUCGUCGGCUCCUCCUCGGCCUUCCGGGAGGGUGAGGGCUGGACGCCGAUCUGUCUGCCGAAGUUUAACACCGCGGGAUUUUUCCACGCCCACAUUUCAUACUUGGAGCCUGCGUCGGAGCUCUGCCUCAUCCUGGUCUCGACGGACAGAGAGGACUUCUUUAACAUGUCUGACUGCAAGAAGCGUUUCCUGGAGAGGUUGAGUAAGCGCAGUGCCUACCAGGCUCUGAAGGAGGCGCUCAAAUGUCCUAGUUAUCCUGUGGCGCAGGUCGGCAUCCCAGAGCUCAGGCACUUCCUGUACAAAUCAAAGAGCUCGGGCCUGUACACCAGUCCAGAGUUUCCUGAGGUGUACCAGUCCGAUGAAGAACAGGAAAGGCUGAUGGGUUUGUACCAGGACCUUCACAGCUGCUUGCACCAUCCGACCAGACCUCUCCGUUCCUUCUACUGCUGUCGUGAAAAGGAAAACCUGCUGGCAUGGGUGACGAGCGGUUUUGAGCUCUACCUCUGCUUCAGUCCGCUGGGGACCAAGGCCUUAGCGGUCUCCGCUGUCAACAAACUGCUCAAGUGGAUCAGGAAGGAGGAGGAUGGCCUCUUCAUCCUGAGUCCUCUCACAUACUGAGCCCCCGCUGGCGCCUGACCACCCGGAACGAAGAACGUCGCCCCGGACGCCGACUGGCCCGGCGCUAUCAACAAGCUGUGGAUGAAGCAGUGGUAGUUCAGUGUCAGCACACUGUCUUGAUUGUCAGAGCUAUGCAUUUCUGCCUUCUGGGCUCCUCUGAUUUAAUUCAAAGGUAAACUACAGCUGUAUUUUAGCCGGCUAGAUUUUUAUACGUUUUGAUUGGGACAGAAGAAAGUAGCAUCAGCACCGUCAAUAAUAAAAGGACCUGUGGUGACUGUAUGCUGUCGAAGUUGUUUCAUAAAUGCUUGUUUUACUGCAACAGACCUUUUUUGCCUCUAAGAUUAAGAGAAAUACCGUCCGUCUUUUUAAAAACAUAUAGCAACUCUUGAAAAUCUAAAACAGAAUUAAAAACUGGAAAUGCAGUAUAAUGUAUUUUCACUUUAUGCAAUGACCAAUAACUGUAAGAACCACCAUUGUUUUCUUUGUUGUUUUUUUUACCUCUUUGCCUUUUCUUUAUGCAGAAAGCACUCGCAGAAAUGUGUUCAUGAGUCUGACGUGUAUUGUUAAUGUCAAUGUAAUUUUAGUCUGCUAAUCUUCAAGUGUCCAUUAGUUUUAGCCUUAAGAGAUAUUGAUAAUUUUAUCCUAAUAUGCAAAAUAUACCACAGAAAAAUUUUGUUUUACAUGUGUGUUUUUGCGUCUAAUCAAAAAGCUUAAUUGUAUUUCAUUGGGCUUUGCUUGAGGAAUCCGACGUUGCCACAUCUGCCUCCUUUACUCAUGCCUUAACUAAUGCUCAUUGUGCAAUGACAAUAUGAGGUUGUAACAUUGCAGAGCUGUUGCUGCCUCAGGACUCGAGAAUGAUGAGUAUAUUAUUCAAUUAAUGAUGACUCCUUAUCUGAUUCUUUGUCAUGCUCGAUUCAAACAUUAAAGAGUUUGCACCUGG